AUGCUGCGUCAUCUGUUUCUAUGGAAUAAACCCUCAAUGUUAAGUGCAAUUAGCAGUAAUUUAUGUGCCUUAAAUACAAGAACUGCAACAACAACAACUACGUCAUCAAUGUCCACCAAUGCAACUCGACAAUUUUGUCAAAUCUCCGAAACCAAUGGAGUACGUGAAAUAUGCCUCAAUGAACCCAAGACACGUAAUGCCUUAUCCCUGGGCAUGAUGGAUGAAAUUCUCAGUGGCCUAAAACAAACAUGGGAAGACACAAAUUUGCGUUGCAUUAUAAUUUCAUCAACUGGGCCGGUUUGGUCAUCAGGUCAUGACCUAAAGGAAUUAGUACCCGAACGGGGUGAAGAACAACAAAGAGCUGUUUUCGAAAAAUUAACCGAAGUUAUCUAUAAUAUACGAAAAGCACCGGUUCCCGUCUUGGCCAAGGUGAAUGGUGUUGUGGCGGCCGGUGGUGUCCAAUUGGUGUCCUCAUGUGAUAUUAUUGUUUGUUCGGAGAAGAGUUCAUUCAUAACACCAAGUGCAAACUUUGGUGUUUUUGCCUCCACCCCAGCCGUUGCCAUGACCCGGGUAAUGUCACAUUCCAAGUGCUUGGAUAUGUUAAUGACUGGACAUCCGAUAAGUGCCAAAGAUGCUUACAUUCAGGGCAUGGUGAGUCGCGUGGUACCCACUGAAGAAUUGGAUGCAGAAAUUGUAAAAAUUGUCAAUGCCAUUAAACAAAAGAGUCGCUCGGUAUUGGCAUUGGGUAAAGAGUUUUUCUAUCAACAAUUAGAACUAACUAUGGAGGAGGCAUACCAACAAGGUGCCAAGAAAAUGACUGAAAACCUGAAAUUAAAUGAUUCCAAAGAAGGUCUGCGUAGCUUUAUGGAGAAACGUAAACCGGUUUGGUCUCACUUGUAAAUGU